AACAAUUGGUCCUUCCCGUGGCUAGGAAUAUAGGAUGAAGGAUGUGAUGGGGGAAUGAGGCCCCCCCGAAGCCCAGAAGCAGGCAUGCAAUUCACACACAUCCAGCAGGUGCGCCUCCUCUACAAGGCCAUCUUGAGGCUCCACCGUAGUCUCCCUAGAGAUCUAAAGGUGCUCGGAGACGAGUACGCAAAGGCGGAGUUUCGAAGACACAAGGUAGCCAACCCACAACAGACCCUUGUCUUCAUGCAGGAAUGGGCUACGUAUGCAGUGGAGCUGACUCGGCAGCUGGGAGUAAAAGGACUUAGAGAGGGUCAUCCCAUUGGGAAGCAGCUAACUUUGGAGGAACUGGAGAAAUUCUCAGAAGAACAGAUCUUUCAGCUGCAUGCACUCAUGGAGGAAGCGCAACGUCCUCCCUCGUCUUCGUCCUCUUCGACGUCGUGAUCCCAGCAAUCACGGCAUCUGAGUUCUGUCUUUUGUAGUUUCUCUGAGGAUUCCAAUUCUAGGUCCCAUGGAAUACGAACCAAUGCAUUGGUCCAGAGGUCUCAUGUGUCUUCGUCUGGACACAAUCCUCGUUGAGCAAUUGGUUGCCUCGUAUGGUCGCGAGGGGCCAUGUUUGUUUCCUCAGGCCCUCCGCCAAAUGCCUCUAAGACUCCAUCCUGUCCCCAAAUCGACCAUCUUGUCCUUAUUCUGUGCCACUUAUAACAUUCUCAUUACCAACCUCAUUUUAAACUUAUGACCAAUGAGAGUUUGCUUGAUCUCUUCCAUAGAAUACUAGUUUCACAGUGAACAAAGUUAAAGUACAUUGAAGUACAAACAGUAACCAGUAUUGUGUUUCUUCUAGAAGUGUAAAAGAAAUUCCUCUGAGAAAUUCCUGUCAUAUCAACAGGCUAAGUUCCAUAGGAACAAGCUCAAGCUUAGAUAAGCAUCCAUGCUGAUGAUUCCUAAUCCAAUAUGUGGAGACAUCACGGGGGGAAAAUGGCACUGUGAUCAUGUAGAAGUGUGUUUUUAUCACUUGCUCCAGCUCAAUCUAUACCUAACAAGUCCUACGUUAGCAAUAAAAAUUUAGCAGUAA